AUGUCCUUUUCUUUCCGCCACUACCUCGCCGCUGGCAUCCGUGGCAUGCGCGUCGCCACCGGCACAUCAUACGAGGAUAUUUUCGAUCAACUCUUCCAAUCUCUCAACGUUCUCCGGCGGGAAGCCGCCCAAAGUGGUGACAUUCGGCCUUACUCUGAAGAAUACUUCCCAGACGACAUCUAUGACCCGCCAAGCCCCGAGUACAUCAACCUCACUGGUGUACCCAGCCAUGUCUAUCCCAGCCCUGGCCCAGCUCAGCCAGGACACCAGGUCAAUAUCCCGAUUCGCCUGAGUGCAACUCCUCAGCCCACUGUAUUCGUUCAGCCCACCGUUUACACUACCGAUCCCAGCGCCCCUAUUCCGGCUGUUCAUAACCCCUCGCCUGAGCCUGUCUACAACCCGCAUACGGAACUGCCGAGGAGGAAGGGCGACGAGGGAGACAAGCUCUGGCCCUGCGAGUACGACAGCUGCGAUGCCUCGUACACCCGCCGUAAAACGUUCCUUGAUCACAUGGUGGUUAAGCACGGGUACCCAGCACCGCCCAAGAGACCUUCUCGACCCAGAAAUCCAGCCAAUGCUACUGCUUCCAGUAGCGGACAGGCGCAGGCUGGUCCUUCCGGAUCCGCUCCUCAGAAUGAAGAGGAUGUCAACAUGGAGGACUAA